GAAAGAUAGGGAAACACUAUAACAUACGAACAUGUUUCAAACACAUAAAAUACACUUAGAUCAAUUUUAAUUGAUAUUGAUCAUUUAAUUGAUUGAAUAACAAACAAAAAAUGUGAUAUACAAAAUAGCAUGUGAAUGUAUCAAAUUUUAUAUUGGCGAAACAUCUACACAAUUUUUGCAAAUCUAAAAUUUGCCAGUAUUCAUGCAACCCAGGGCAUAGAGUAGAGUUUAACAAGGCAGAAAUGUUUAUUUUUUCUAUAUUUCUGUUUUAGUGGCAAAAUGCUGAGAAACAAAAAUUAUCCCUUAAUCGGAAUUCCUUUCUAGAAAGUAAAAACGUAAAAUUUUUUGACCGACUUUUGACCGCCGCGUCAACAUCAGUGAAACUUUUUUUUCUGUACUUUCGGUUUUAUCCAACCAAUUAGCUACAGGGUGCGAAAAACUAACAUAAACAACGAGAUCUCUUCGCUUCUUGCGUUUAACAACGAUCGACUCUUAUAAAUAGGAAGUCUAUCUAUCGAAAGAUCAAAGUGGAACAAUUACCGGAUCGAUAAGAUGAUUAAUCUGAAGAGUUUGAUAGUGAUUUCGGCAAUUUUGGCGGUCUGUUGUGCCCAGAGACCUGUUAUUUAUAGGAAGAAGCAUCAUCAUCAUCAUGGACUUCAUCACCUCCAUUUCUUAUACUACUUGACGUUCUUAGCUGUCAAACUAAAAAUAGUAUUCUUCCUUGGAACUAUCUUCACCAUCAGUGCCGUUGCCGCUAAAAUUUUUGGUAUCAUAAAACUAAUGGACUACAUGAAACGCAAAGAUAAAGACCAUCACCAUGAAGAAAAGAUCGUCUAUGUCAACCCUCACGAACACCACUUCGAUCAUGGUAGUUGGGGUGGUGGACCUCCUGAAUACGCGUCUAAAGAUUUCUCGUCAUAUUCACCAGAUUUUUCUGUUGACCAUCCUCCAGAAGAUGCAUAUGGACAACACGAAAGAUACUCAACGAUCAAAAAUACACAUGCCAGAAAAAUUAAUAGUAUAUAUGAUUACUUUUCUGAUAUAGUAAGGAAAAUAAGAAGUUUAAAUAUAACAGACAUGGCUUUGAAUGAAAUGGGCAUCAAAGAUGAAAACUGCAAGAAGAAAUUUGUCUGCGAGGCAGAUUUCAACUCAAACCAAAGUGUGAUUCUUCGAACUGGUUUGGACUUACUAAGAGACAAUUCAUAUCAGGAAUACAAACCCAACGUCACAAUAUCAUCAAUACAAGACUGCAGUCAAUUGUACGAAAGCUGUAAGGAAUCGCGAUAAAACUCAACAAAAUGUAGUAGAGAUAGUUAUUUAUUUAAUUAAUUUAUUUAUUUAUGUGAUAAAAUGUAUAUAACGUGUGAUCAAA